AUGUGAGGAAGAUCAGUUUGGGUUUAGUUUCAGUUGGAGAAACUAUCCCGUUUUUUUCUUUAUUCAUUUUCAACGAUUUCUUGUUAAAGAAAUAAAAUGAAAAUCAUCGGGAAAGUCUUUUCGAUCUUCCUGAUCGUAUUCUUGUACGGUCAAAGAGCUCAAAGUGUUUCACCCGCUUCAAAGGUUCAAGCAGUGUACAAUACAAAAGCUUUUGCCUUCGAUGGUCUCUCAUGCAGUCCCAAUACAAUCGUUGGAGGACAUCCAUACUUGAUCACCAACAAUGUUCUUCCAACAUCAAUUUCUCUCCAUCAACCAACUGGAUGUCUUUUCAUUGGAAUUCCUAGGACAGCUACAGGAAUUCCUGCUACGAUUGCUUACGUUAACACCAACAACUACCCCAAUAAUCCUAAUCCACCCCUUCGAGGAUUCCCCAGCUAUCAAGACAACUACGUCCCCGGAUGGUUUGGAAUUGAUCAUUUGCCAAGUGAGGACUUUAACAUUUAUCCAGGUGCUCCCGCAAGAGCCUGGCCAACGCAAGUUACUCCUUAUGGACAAUUCAGAAAUGUCUAUCAUUUCACAUCCGUUCUCUAUACCUACACCGAUAUUCAAUGCAACCGAAUUUUCUUCAUUGACUCCGGUACUCUGGAAUAUCCCGAAGGAAAUGUCGUUGUACGCCGUCCAGUUCUCUGGGCUUUCAAUGUCAACGGUUGCAAUGAUGCAGCACUCAAUCAAGCACCAGCCCUUAAGGUCACUGUACCCGAUAGUGUGGUGAACGACCCAACAGCUCUUGGUCUUAGAUUUGACAUUGAUGUUUACGGGAACUGCAAUGAAUUCGCCGUUUACCUUACAAACCACAAAGACAACAGGAUUGUUGUGUACGAUAACGUCCAAAGGAGUUUCUGGUACUUUGUCCACAACACCUUCAACCCACUUUCGGACCGAUCAUUCGUCCCUAAUUUCCCUGCUCUUCCGGAUCCUGCCAAUAUGGGUGUUUGUGGACUCACCCUUGGUGCACGUACAAGGGGAAACUUCAGGAAUCUCUACUAUGCUCCAGCAUCGAGCUACAGCCUCUUUGGAACGACAACUGAGGUCCUUCGCAAUCGUGCUCUGGCUCCAGGCAAUCCAUCAUCACCUAACUUCUCCUACCUCGGCUACCGUGGACCCAACACUCCCGGAGCUGUUAUGGUCUACGAUGAACAAACUCAAGUUGUCUUCUUCCUCCACGUACUGACCAAUAGGCUCAGUUGCUGGAAUACAAGACGCCCAGUUAGCCCCAAUAACAUUGCAACACUUUUCAGCGAUCUCACAUACGGUGUAGAUUUCCUAAUUACACCCGACAGAACUCUUUACUUCAUGAUGAGGAAUACAAAUGCUAAUCCAAUUACGAAUAGGAGACAAGUUACUUCGUACUUCUACCAAACCUACCGCGUGAACGUUGAUGACUUCAUCAGUGGCACUGUUUGUGAUCCAAGGAAUGCUUAAGAAUAAGUAUUCAAAUCUGAGAACUUUCAGAUUGUUGAAUGAUCUUAUUUUCCUUUUCAAAUAAUCUACUAAAAAAAAACUAACCCACCUAUGUCAGCCUAACGAUCCUAAAUUUUCUUCAAGCUGUCAUGAAAAUUGUCAGGAAAAACGCUUUGAAAAAAUACCCAAAAAAUUGAAAAAUGUAAAAAGAAUUAUAAAAAAAAAAUAAAUUGGUCAACAACUGA